AUGCAUCUUCGUGGAGUUUUCCGUGCGGCAAAACUACCAAGAGGCCAAGGCGCGAUCGGCACCAAGUGGGUGUUCAAGAUCAAGCGCAAAGCGGAUGGAUCGGUCGAGAAAUACAAGGCGCGUCUCGUUGCCAAGGGCUUCAAGCAGAAGUACGGCAUCGACUACACAGAGACGUUCUCGCCCGUGGUCAAGUACGUGACACUGCGUAUGGUGAUCGCGAUCACCAAGUAUUUCGACUGGCCACUGGACCAACUCGAUGUGGUGACAGCCUUUCUCUACGGAGUGAUGAAGGAGAAGGUGUACUGCGUGAUACCAGAAGGCGUCGAGAUGGAUGGCGACUUCGACUGUCUCGAGUUGGUGAAGGCGAUCUACGGUCUCAAGCAAGCUUCACGUGUGUGGAACGAGACUUUCGACGAGUUCGUAUGCUCUAUCGGUUUCGAAGCGUCGGCGUUCGACCCAUGUCUCUACAUCAAGGUUGUCGACGGUCACUGUGUGCUCGUGCUGGUCUACGUGGAUGACGUGUUGGUCACCGGCAGCUCGCUCGAGUUGAUUGCGCAGACGAAGGCCGACCUCAAGACGCGUUUCGAGAUGACCGACAGUGGUAAGUGUACUUUUGUACUGGGCAUCGAACUGUGGACGAAUCGGAUGGCAGCGUGA